AUGUCUACCGUAAAUUUUUUGGUGAAUAUGGUUGUUGUUGAGUUAAUGUGGGGUCAAUAUAUUGUGAAAUGGUGCGUAUUGCUUUCAUUUUUUUGCAGCACUUUAGAAAGUUGUGCAAAGCUAUUUGUUUUCAAAACAUCAUGGCGGUGUAUGGUGCAUAGGACGAAUUCCAUCGUUUGCCAUAACUUGUCGGGUAUGUUGUUUUUGGUUUUUCUUCUUUUGCUGCAGAAAGAUGAAGUAUGUGUUGCAAGUUUGUUCUGA